AUGUCGUUGGAUGCACCGGCUUCAUCCCUCAAUGCUUCAGAUCCACACGCGCGGCUCCUGGGUGCCUCAUGCCUUGAUUUCCUCCUGAUAGAGCUCGUCCCUAUGGCGGAGCGUUUAGCGAAGGAACUUGCUUCAGAAGAUAAGCUACCAGAUGAUGAAGAAAUCCGGGAAACUACAUUCUUUCGCCUCGAAUCUCUAGGUUACAGGGUUGGACAAGGGUUGGCUGAACGCAGAUUCUCCCGCGAUCGCCCACGAUUCGCAGAUAACCUGGAUGUCAUAAAGUUUCUGUGCAAGGACUUGUGGACGAUACUAUUUAAGAAGCAGGUGGAUAACCUGAAAACGAAUCACCGGGGCGUGUAUGUCUUGACUGACAACUCAUUUCGACCAUUUGCAAGAAUGAGUACAUCUGUGCGAAGCGAGGCGGUUUCUAUGGCUCAAGCGUAUUUAUGGUUUCCAUGCGGCGUUAUUCGCGGUGCUUUAUCAAACCUCGGUAUUACAACCACUGUUCAAGCGGAAUCUACAGAGCUUCCAGGCGCAACCUUCCAAAUCAAAACCGUCAACCCCAAGCCCUGAAGGCGUUCGGACAUAGGCGACUUUGAACCUCAUUCAGACCGCCAAUUGUACGAUAUGCGUUCGUCAUAGGAGGGCUUGGAUGACACUCACAUGCAGCACUCCAGGGAUAUCUGCUGGAGCUACAGUUCUCCCCAACGAAUUGCUGGGUAAUCCUACAUUCAAGUGCGGGCAUGAAGAAUACAAGGUUUUAUCAUUUAAACAGGUCACUCGUAUCUCGAAGUCAUAAAUCCUGAGUCAGAGCAAUCCAUCGACCAUCGCCCAUUCGUCUGCAGAGCACAUAUUCAAAGCCUA